GGAAGAAUUAUCGUGGCUUAUUGACGGUCGUUCAUAUACCGGAAGUAUAAUAGCUUUCUUGUGAAAUAUAGAGAACACAAAUUCUCAUUUGGAGCAGAAGUCGGCAUCUGCGCUUCUUUCUCUCUUCGGGUUCUUAAUCUCCGCCGGCAGCCAUGAGUUUGCAGUGGACGGCCGUGGCGACAUUCCUGUAUGCGGAGGUGUUUGCUGUGCUGCUGUUGUGUGUACCCUUCAUCUCCCCCAAAAGGUGGAACAAGUUCUUUAAAUCCCGUUUUGUUCAAACGGUGACAUAUUAUGGCAACACAGCCUUCAUGGUGGCCAUUGCCAUCCUGGUCUUUCUUCUCAUUGAUGCCUUCCGAGAGGUGCGUAAGUACAGUGUGAAAGACACCGUUGACCUGUCCAACAACCCGGUGGCCGUGGAGCACAUCCACAUGAAGCUGUUCAGGGCCCAGAGGAACGAGUACAUCGCAGGCUUCGCUCUGCUCCUCUGCCUGAUCCUGAGGCGCCUGGCCACCCUGCUGUCCCAGCAGGCCACGCUCAUGGCCUCCAACGAGGCCUUCAAGAAGCAGGCCGAGGGAGCCAACGACGCGGCCAAGAGGUACAUGGAGGAGAACGAGAAGCUGCAGGACCAACUUCGGGAGGCCGGGAUCGAGAUCCCCGAGCCGGGCGCCAAGAGCGGACCCAGCGUGCAGGAGGAGAACAGGACCCUCAAGAAGGAGGUGAACAAGCUGAAGGGCGAGCUGGACACCACCAAAGAAGCCCUUCAGAAAGCUGACCGUGAUGUGAAGGCCAUGAAGUCGCAAUCGGAGAACCUCACCAUUGAGUACGAUCGCCUGUUGGACGAGCAUGGAAAGCUACAGGCGAGUGUCGACUCCCAGGAUAAGAAGUCCAAUUGAUCAGCUGAAGGUGUUUUCCCCCUCAUCACCUCACAGACCUCCUCCUCCUCCUCAUCCUCCUCCACCUGUUUGCUCAUAGAGGGCGUAGGUGCUGCACACCGCUAGGUGGAAGCACUGUCCAUACCUCCACCUGUGAAACCUCCCCACCUGCACACAUCUGGGAGAUGCAAGGCAAAUAUUCAAUGGCCUGCUUGCCCAAUGUUAUUCAUGAUUUGGUUCUAUUCUAUACGUGUGUGUGUGUGUCUGUGUGUGUACACAUACACACAGUUCUUUCACAUUCUUUUUAUAUUUACUAUUGUUUGUUUACAUUCUCUUUUUCAUGUUAAUGCGCUUAAUUCUUUGAUUAUUUUAUUCCCAUCGUCACUGUACUGUGGGACGAGUGCUCGUUCUGCAGCUUUGUCACGUAGUGAUCAGUGUCGUCCAAUAGGACCAAAAUCUGCCGCUCUUCAGGAGUGGCUCCAGUGGAAUGUUUAAACCGUUUUCAUAUCUGUCAACAUCUAUCCAUAUAGAAAGGGCCUCAAGAAAAGUGUUGUUUCAACUGAUGAUUUGCAUACUCUAGCUUCUCACGAUAUGUUUGAUAUGAGUCCUAACGCUCUUUUGGUUUCAAAAGGCAUGUAUAGACCCAUGUGUAUGCUGGCAUUGGAAGUGUAUCAUGCAUCUAGCGAGUGGUCUAAUGAAUCAUUCCCCUUUCGGUGUUCUCACGGUCGCACGGAGGGAGGGAAGUGUGAGGCACAUGAUUUGACUGGGCUGCAGCCGGUUGAGGCCGGAUCCCAAGCCCCGUGCGGAGCCUGCAUAAUCUGAUACUCGGCCCCAUGUACUGUAAUCUACAGGCACAGUGUAGUGCCCUGGCAGCGGCGGGCAGCGUGCCUUUAGUGUCACAGCCACAGAUUGGGUUUCAAAACACGCUCGUGGGGGGCCAGUCCCAGAUGCCCGCGUCUCAAACCCUAAUCUAAAAGUGCUAGACUCUGCUAAAACUCAGUCCGUGUUGUCCAUCAUUGUAAAAGCUGUGAAAAGGGGGUCAUGUCCCUCUCUCUGUUUCAACCUGACUGGGCCAACGUACUGUAGGCUUAUGUGUACAGCAUCACUGGGGAGAAGCUGGUCGUUAAAAGUUGUCCAGUGCUGUUGUUCCGGUUGUUCCUGUCUCUUUUAGCUGGGAGCUGGUCUGGUGGAUGCUGUACAGAUAAAUCUUCCCCAGGCGCGACCCCCAAGAAUGGCCGGACUUGACACCUGUCAGUCUGCCUCUUCAGCAGGUGAUCUCCGAGCACAGUCCGUCAGCUCACGUCCGGCAUCCGCUGCGGCCAGCAGUGCCCUCCGCUUCGUCCAAAGAAUGACAUCACGAAUUGUGGCACCUGGUAAAAAUAGGCACCUGCAGAAAAGCUAAGCAACCCCCCCCCCCCCCCCCCCAUAUGCCAGUGGGUAUGGGCAUGAGGGCAGCUGUUGAUCACCACAGGAUUUAAGGAAGCGUUAGCCCCCGGGCACGAUGCUAGAUUAAUUUGAGUGAUGUCACGAUGGCAUAUGGUUUCCCACACUUGUAAGAAUGGGUCUGGGAAGAAGACGCACUGCUCUGUGACUUCAGGCAAUGGCAUUGGCUGCGCUGUUGUUAGGAUCAUCUUUCUGGAAUGGGACGUUAGGGAUUGUCACAGUGUGUGUUGGUGUAAAAGGGUUUUCUGGCUGUAACAUUUGUAAUUUGCAAGUCAAUAAAGUAAAUAAAUAAUAAAAAAAA